AUGGCUGCUGAGUCCAACUUCACUGGGUCGCACUCGAAAGAGACCAUGCACCAGAAGAGACCUCAAGAAACUAUGGAAAUGACCGAGUCACGUGGAUCGAUGGACUCUGCUGCGUCGGUCGACCGGAUCGUGAUUAAACCGGUCAACGACGAAGACGACACCUCAGUGAUGAUAACGUUCAACCAACAGGUAUCGUCCUUCAUCAUCGUCUUGACGUUUGUGGCCUCGAUUUCUGGGUUUCUCUUUGGUUACGACACCGGUUACAUUUCCAGUGCUCUGGUAUCCAUUGGCACGGACCUCGACAACCGUGUCCUGACAUACGGCGACAAAGAAAUCAUCACUGCGGCGACAUCGCUUGGUGCCCUCAUCUCCUCGAUUGUGGCCGGUACCGCGGCUGAUAUUUGGGGUAGAAAGCCAUGUUUAAUGUUUUCCAACGUACUUUUCUUGAUUGGCACGAUUUUGCAAAUUUCGGCUCACUCGUUUUGGCAAAUGGCUGUUGGAAGACUUAUCAUGGGCUUCGGCGUCGGUAUUGGUUCUUUAAUUGCGCCUCUUUUUAUUAGUGAAAUCGCUCCUAAGAUGAUUCGUGGUAGACUCACCGUGAUCAACUCGUUGUGGUUGACCGGAGGUCAGCUAAUUGCGUACGGUUGCGGUGCGGGUCUCGACAAAGUGCACAAUGGCUGGAGAAUCCUGGUGGGACUUUCUUUGAUUCCCACCGUUACACAGUUUGUGUGUUUCUUGUUUUUGCCUGACACGCCUCGUUACUACGUUAUGAAGGGUGAAUUGGAGAAAGCUGCACACGUUUUGGGUAAGAGUUACCAGGACGCGCCUAGCGACUUGAUAGACCAAAAAAUCCAUGAACUCAGCGUAUUGAACAAGACGAUCCCUGGUGACACCGUGUGGGCACGUGUGUGGAACACGGUGGUCAAGAUCCACACCGUUCCUGCCAAUUUCAGAGCUUUGAUCAUUGGUUGCGCCUUGCAAGGUAUUCAGCAAUUCUGUGGUUGGAACUCUUUGAUGUAUUUCUCGGGUACUAUUUUCGAGACCGUCGGAUUUUCCAAUUCCACCGCGGUUUCGAUCGUUGUUGCAGGCACCAAUUUCAUUUUCACGCUUGUUGCAUUUUUCGCCAUCGACCGCAUUGGCCGUAGAGUCAUUUUGCUGAUUGGUUUGCCCGGUAUGUGUGUUUCGCUGAUUGUUUGUGCGAUCGCGUUCCAUUUCAUGGACAUCAAAUUCGAAGGUAACGGUGCAGCCCAUGUAGGUAACGGUGGCUUCAGCGCCUGGGGUAUAGUGGUCAUCGUUGCAAUCAUCGUCUACGCCGCGUUUUACGCUUUGGGUAUCGGUACCGUGCCAUGGCAACAAUCUGAACUUUUCCCACAGGCUGUGAGAGGUGUCGGUACGUCGUACUCGACAGCCACCAACUGGAGUGGGUCGCUAGUCAUUGCCUCAUCGUUUUUGACCAUGUUGCAAAACAUCACACCUACGGGGACGUUCGCGUUUUUCGCGGCCUUGGCUUUCAUCUCCACGAUUUUCUGUUACUUCUGCUACCCAGAAUUGUCAGGACUCGAACUAGAAGAAGUACAAAUGAUCCUUGCAGACGGCUUCAACAUCAAGGCCUCUAAAACGCUAGCUAAGAAGCGUAAGCAACAGCUGGCGGCCCAGAGGGACGCCGCCAAGCGCGGUGAUGACUACCAUCACAACAAACCUUCUGAAGAAUUGAUGGAGUCGUAG